AUGCCACCAGAGGAACUGAAAACCUUGCUCUUAGAAGCCAAGAAGAAAAGAAGAAACUGUAAAGCUGCUAUUACCAGACUAGGGAAAGUACUAGAUAGACUGAUUAAUGAAAAAAGAGGAAUAGAAGAAAUCCAAGAAAUAGUUUUGAAAAUAGACACUGCAUUUGAUAAUCUGGUGGAAACACAUACUGCAUAUACUCAAAUGAUAGAUGACGAGGAUGAAUUUGAAACUGCAGAAAUUUGGUUGGAUGAUGUGCAAAACCAGGUCACAACAUUAAAAAUGUAUUCCAAAGAUUAUGUUAAACACUUAGAUGAUGAGUUCCAAGCAAAAACCCAGAAUGUUGAAAUUCCCCAGAGCCCUGAUCAAAUAAACCUGUCACCCUCUUCAUCCCCUAAUGACAAUUCAUUACCUACUGAUAUCCAGAUUAAUUCUGAUGUAAAUAAUAUUGUUGAUCCUGACAACCACAGUAUAGACGAUAAUCCGAGUAAAUCUGCUGUCAAUCCGAGUACUUCUGCUGAUGAUAAUCCGAAUCCAACUACUUCUGCUGUUGUUAAUCCGAGAGAUUCUGCUGCUGCUAAUCUGAGAAAUUCUAUUGCUGUUAAUCCGAGAAAUUCUACUGCUGUUAAUCCGAGAAAUUCUACUGCUGUCAAUCCGAAUAAUUUUGAUGCUGAUAAUCUGAGUACCGAGAAUAUGAAUGGUCUUACUGCUUCAACUAGCCUGAAUAGUAAUUCU